GACGUCCUUCUCCUCCCCGGCCUCCUCAACUCCUUAUUUCAGUUACAGCGGCAGAAGACGGCGCCGGAUCCGGCGGUCUCGACGGCGGAGGAGGUUGCGCAACGAUGUCAGUCUUCUCGAACAAGGUCGAAAGAGAUGAACUGAAACCCGGCGACCACAUCUACUCCUGGAGGCACAAUUACCUCUACGCUCAUCACGGGAUAUAUGUUGGCAAUGGAGAGGUUAUCCAUUUCACCCAAGGUGCAGGACAGGAAGUUGGGACAGGAACCAUACUAGACAGCCUCAUAGUGAGCUCAUCCCCUUCUCCAAACUCGCCGUGCCCCGCAUGCGGCAACCGAUCAUCCGCGGACGGCGUGAUCUCCUCGUGCCUCGACUGUUUCCUUUCCGGCGGCAACCUCUACCGUUUCCAAUACGGCAUUUCCCCCGCCGUAUUCGUCGCCAAGCUCCGAGGAGGAACGUGCACCCUCGCCCCCUCGGACCCACCCGAGGACGUCCUUCACCGAGCGCAGUUCCUCCUCCGAAAUGGCUUUGGGGCCUACAACCUCUUCAAGAACAACUGCGAGGAUUUCGCGAUAUAUUGCAAGACAGGUUUGCUCGUAUUCACAACCGUCAGCGUCGGCCGCAGCGGGCAGGCGGCGUCGUUUGUCGCCGCCGCAACCGCCGCGGUCUCCUCGCCGCUUCGCCUCAUGACUAAUAGCUUUCCGGGCCUAGCGGCCAUGGGGUGCGCCGUAUAUUGUGUCAGCCGGUUUGUUUCCGACAUUGGGGUCCGCCGAGAUGUGGCGAAGAUCCCCGUGGAGAGGCUCGUCGCGCGUUGCGACGAGUUGGAACCACUCAUUUCUUCGUCUUUUGCAGAGUCAUAGAUCUUUGGGAAUUGGGAGGGAUUAAUGUGAAAGUGUAUAAACUUUUGAGUUGAAUUGAUCACAUUAAAAAACUUGAAUCCAAUCGAUUACUUGGUUUAAUUCAAAAGCUUAUAAACUCAUUAUUUUUUUAGUUUUUUGAUGUGAAAUAUUGCGUACUUUUUAAUAAUUAACUGCCAGGAUCCGG